CCCAGCUGACCUUGGAGGAUUGUUAUGUUCGAUUUUAUGAAUUCAGAAUUAUCUACGUUUUAAAUAAUUUUAAAUCAAAUUUGUAAAUAAUGAGUGCAACAAAACUAAAUGGAGACCACAAAAUUAACGGAACAGAAGCCAAAGCGCCGUUUUUAAUUGGCGUGGCAGGUGGUACAGCUAGUGGGAAGAGCACGGUAUGUAAAAGAAUUAUGGAGAAACUUGGACAAGUAGAUGUGGAUCAAAAAAAGCGACAAGUAGUUUGCAUUUCACAGGAUAGUUUUUAUAGGGAAUUAAGUCCUUCUGAGAUUAUUAAAGCAGAAAGAGGGCUGUUUAAUUUCGACCACCCUGAUGCAUUUAACGAGACUCUAAUUUAUGACACUUUGAAAGAUGUAUUAGCUGGUAAAAUGGUCCAAAUACCAGCAUAUGAUUACAGAAAUCAUUCCUUAAGUAAAGAUGAAAUUUUAACUAUCUAUCCAGCUGAUGUUGUGCUUUUUGAAGGCAUUUUAGUAUUUUAUUUCCCCGAAGUUAGGAAGUUGUUCCAUAUGAAAUUGUUUGUAGAUACAGAUUCUGAUACUAGGCUAGCAAGAAGAGUUCCUCGAGAUAUAAAUGAGAGAGGUAGAGAUCUGGAUCAAGUGUUGAAUCAAUACAUGAAUUUCGUUAAACCUGCUUUCGAGGAAUUUUGCUCACCUACCAAAAAGUUUGCUGAUGUGAUAAUACCACGAGGUGCAGAUAAUAGUGUGGCUAUUGAGUUAAUAGUGCAACACAUCAGAGAUAUUUUGAACAAAGGCAAGCCUUGCGGAGUCAGACAAGUCAGCCCUCCGAAAUUGGUUUGUACGCCCAAUACUUCUCCUUCUAAAAAACCCAGUCCUGGAGAUCAUUUAUUCAAGAGACCGCAUUGA